UAUCAAUCAAGCAUGUUCUUUUGGAGAGCCAAAAGAACAUGUGUGUCUAAUAUUAAUAUCUCACUUGCUUGCUUGAAGUAACAGUGUGUUCAUGUUCAAUCUUAGCAACUUCUGAGUAAAAAAAGAGUAAAUAAAAGAGUAUGGCUGAAAUCAAUGACGAGCACAGUGUCCAUGUUGUUUCAGAAGCAGAGCCAGUUUCAGCAAAAGCACUUCCAAAAAAGCCAAAGCGAGUUGCUUCGCUUGACAUCUUCCGGGGCCUCACUGUUGCGCUUAUGAUCUUGGUUGAUGAUGCUGGAGAUCAAUGGCCAGUGAUUGGUCAUGCACCGUGGAAUGGCUGCCAUCUUGCUGAUUUUGUUAUGCCUUUCUUUUUGUUCAUUGUAGGAAUGGCCAUUCCACUUUCUCUCAAGAAAAUACCACAUAAACUUAUAGCUGUUAAAAAGGUGAUAGUAAGAACACUGAAACUCCUCUUCUGGGGUCUGCUCUUACAAGGUGGUUUCUCACAUGCUCCUGACCAUCUAUCAUAUGGAGUUGACAUAAAACACAUAAGAUGGUGUGGUAUUCUUCAGAGAAUUGCUCUAGCAUAUUUGGUCGUGGCGCUCGUGGAGAUAGUUUCAAGAAGUAGGCAAGCCAGAGAUGAUCCGGAAUGCACAAACCUCUCAAUAUUUAAGCUGUACUAUUGGCAUUGGCUAGUAGCGGCGUGUAUACUUAUAGUUUACAUGGCUUUACUUUAUGGAAUACAUGUUCCAGACUGGCAAUUCACUGUCCAUAACCCAGACAGCAUAUAUAACGGCACAACUUUCACCGUGUCCUGUGACGUCCGAGGGAAACUUGACCCUCCUUGUAAUGCUGUGGGAUAUAUUGACAGAGUGAUGCUCGGAAUUAACCAUGUGUAUAAGAAGCCAGCUUGGAGGAGAUCAGAAGCUUGUACCGUGAAACCUCCGUAUGAAGGGCCUUUUAAAAAAACUGCUCCUGCAUGGUGUUAUGCUCCUUUUGAACCAGAAGGAAUUUUAAGCUCAAUAUCGGCCAUUCUAUCCACGAUCAUCGGAUUGCAUUUCGGACACGUACUCAUACACCUGCAGGAUCAUCUUUCUAGAUUGAAGCAAUGGAUUCUCAUCGGCUUAUCUCUCCUUACUUUAGGAUUUGUUCUUCAUUUCACCCACGCCAUUCCUUUGAAUAAACAGUUGUACUCACUGAGCUAUGUUUGCGUAACAUCUGGUGCAGCGGCAUUAGUUUUUUCAGCCUUCUAUGUGAUGGUUGAUAUUUUUGGAUUAAAACUAUUGUUCGUCCCUCUCAAAUGGAUCGGGAUGAAUGCCAUGUUUGUCUUUGUCAUGGCAGCUGAGGGAAUCUUUGCAGGAUUCAUCAAUGGGUGGUAUUAUGACAACCCUCAAAAUACACUGGUCUAUUGGAUCCAAGAGCAUGUCUUCAUUAGAGUUUGGCAUUCAACGAAACUAGGUAUCUUACUGUACGUGAUCUUCGCCGAGAUCCUAUUCUGGGCUGUCAUAGCAGGCAUUUUGCACCAAUUGGGCAUAUAUUGGAAGCUUUGAACUUUCAAAAU